CCCCCCCUCCAGCUCCCGGGCCGGGCGGUGCGCGCGCGCGGCCGGCGGCGCCUCCUCAGAGCGGCCGCGGCGGGUUCGGCGCUGACGGGGCCCACGGACCGAGACCGGCGGAGCGGCCGGAGCGGGCGGCGCCUCUUCCUCCCUCCUCCUUCUCCUCCUCCUCCUCUCUCCUCCCUCCCGCAUCCUCCUCCUCGGCCCCCUCCUCGCCCGCCUCCGCCCCCCCGCACGCAGGCACCGCGGUUCCCGGCACGGACAACAUGGCGGCGGUGUCGGGGGCAGGGGCUGCGGGCGGCUCCGCCAGCGCCGGCGGCCCGGAGAUGGUGCGGGGACAAGUGUUCGACGUGGGGCCGCGCUACACCAACCUCUCCUACAUCGGCGAGGGGGCCUACGGCAUGGUGUGUUCUGCUUAUGAUAACGUCAACAAAGUUCGAGUUGCUAUAAAGAAAAUCAGUCCUUUUGAGCAUCAGACAUACUGCCAGAGAACUCUGAGAGAGAUCAAGAUCCUACUGCGCUUCAGGCAUGAGAAUAUUAUUGGAAUAAAUGACAUUAUCAGAGCUCCAACUAUUGAACAGAUGAAAGAUGUAUACAUUGUGCAGGAUCUUAUGGAGACAGAUCUUUACAAGCUCCUAAAGACUCAACACCUCAGCAACGACCACAUUUGUUACUUCCUUUACCAGAUUCUGAGAGGCUUAAAGUAUAUCCAUUCAGCCAAUGUGCUUCACCGUGACCUCAAACCUUCCAACCUGCUGCUUAACACCACAUGUGAUCUCAAGAUUUGUGACUUUGGAUUGGCUCGCGUUGCAGAUCCCGAUCAUGAUCACACAGGAUUCCUGACAGAGUAUGUGGCCACACGUUGGUACAGGGCUCCUGAAAUCAUGCUGAAUUCUAAGGGUUACACCAAGUCUAUUGACAUCUGGUCAGUGGGCUGCAUUCUGGCAGAGAUGCUCUCCAACAGACCCAUCUUCCCAGGAAAACACUACCUUGACCAACUUAACCAUAUCCUUGGUAUACUUGGAUCCCCUUCCCAAGAAGAUUUGAAUUGUAUAAUAAAUUUAAAGGCCAGAAACUACUUACUUUCUCUACCACACAAAAAUAAGGUACCAUGGAACAGGCUGUUUCCAAACGCUGACCCCAAAGCACUUGAUUUGUUGGAUAAAAUGUUGACCUUUAAUCCUCAUAAGCGGAUUGAAGUGGAGCAAGCUUUAGCCCAUCCAUAUCUGGAGCAGUAUUAUGAUCCAAGUGAUGAGCCUGUAGCUGAAGCACCCUUCAAGUUUGAUAUGGAGUUGGAUGACUUGCCGAAGGAGAAGCUGAAAGAAUUGAUUUUUGAGGAAACUGCAAGAUUCCAGCCAGGAUACCGAUCUUAAAUCGUGCAUAGGACAAGGACUUAAAGGACUGGGCAUGCUCAAAUGUUGCUGUUCCUCUUCCCAGUUCUUUAUUGUUGGUCAUGUCUUGUGGCCUCUCUCAGCUUAUCCACUAACUCCUUUGAGCCAUUCAGGAGGGCGGUUCCUGGUAGUUUUGGCUUUUCAUGCUUUCAAUGAAUCUUUUAAGGCUGAAGAAUUGUAAUUGACACUCCUCUGCGUAAUGCCCAUUGUUGACCUGUUGCAGUACUGUACUGUACGUGCACCUACUGCUGCCCGUGUUUUAACUGCUUGCUUUCUGGUUUGAAAGAUGCAGUGGUUCCUUUCACUCCUGGAUCAAUAUCCAAGAAGAGAAUUCAUUAACCUGUAAGACGUUUACACCAUGAACUGUGUUUUUCUGACUUUACUGAAGUCGCUGGCAUUUUUUUUUAGAAAAGCUACUAUUCAGGGCACUUUAAGUCAGUGACAUCCCAGAUUUUUUUUGCACGUCCUUUUUAAAUAGAAAUGGUUGGUUAGCAUCUGGCAGAGUGUACCAUUAUGCUAUGGAUUGCAGCAUAAGUUGUGUUCAUGUUAAUCUUGCUUAUGCACUUGUUUGGGUGUCCUGUGCUGUACAUACAGGUAUUCUAUCCAGUGUAAGAGCCACAUAGGAGCCCAACUUAACUGAAUUCAUCUAAGAAACAUUUUUCCAUGUAUUGACAAAAUCUGUACCUUUCUCUCCCUGCUUUUCCUAAGAGAGAUCAUUUAAAGUUUACCCACAUUGGAGGCACAGUACUCCCAAAGUUCCCACCAUGCAGUGGUGUUUGUACAGCCUGUGCCAAGGCAAGGUGGCAGCUGCAGCUGCCCUUGGCUCCCUGAGUGCUGGAAGGGUUCACACAGACCACGAUGGCACCGUGACCCACGGCCAGCGCUUUUCCUGGGCGAGGCAGCAAGAAAUCAGAAAAUCAUGUUGAUUAACUCAGUCUACAUCCUGCAUACCAAUGAAAUGCUUCAAAUGAGGAUUGAUAGUUUUGACAUUUGAAUCUAAUCACUGACAUUUAGAUUCUUGCAGAGAGGAACACUGCAUCUUCAAAUGAGAAAGUUUGAUUUUACUUUUGCUCCUACAGCAUGUCAGCAUCUCAAGUUCAUUUCUUGCAACCUACACUAUGGUGAUUUGUAAUCAAGCCUCCAUGAGCUCGUGACAUGAAGUACUGUUCUGUUGUCAAGUACUAUCAAACUUUUCUGAUAAUGCUGAGUUAGGACAACCAAACAAAGCUAGCACUAAAUAACAUUUAAAAUUGUAUACCUUUUAAUGAUCUUUUCAAGUAUUUGUUACUGAAAUUGUAUAAUGUGGAGUUUACUAGGUGUUAUGUUCCAGUGCAGUGCCUCCUUUUCUUUCCCCACUGCUCUCUGUGGUGAGAAAUUUGCCUUGUUUAAAAUAAUUACUGUGCCCUCGCAUGACUGUUAAAGCUUUCUGUGCAAAGAUGAUUGUCUAAGUGCCACAUGCCUAUGAUUGAGAAAAAGAAAUAAUCUAUUGUUACCUCUGAGUUGUGUUCAACUGAAAUGCUAUUCAACAAAUAACUUAGGAAAAAUAGUUCUAUUUUUAGCUUUUCAUAUCUCUGCUGUCUUUUUCUCAUUUUAUUUUGGCAGCAGUGAAGAAUGGAUUGUAUAAAGACUGCUUGCUAAUAUGAACAAAAUGCACUUGUAAUUCCUGGAAAUAAAUUUAAAUCUUAUAUCUUCACAUUAA